AUGUAUCCAACUAUUGUUUCACAAUCACCAAUUUCUCCAAGGAUCAUAUCGAAGGAUCAACUACCAGACUCAUUCACCCAAUACGAUCAUCAAUCAGCAUUUGCCACCCCUGACAGUCCUCGAGAUCACUCGAUCUCCAAUAAGUCGAUAGCAGAUGCUUAUCUGGAAAGAGCUGGUGCGAAUGUAACAUGCACCCAUAGCCAAGCUGAAUCUCUAAAGAAAAGCGGCUCUGGAAGCGUGCUUGGUCUGUCUGGUACAAUUGACCAUUGCCUCCUCGGCAAGUUCGAUCUGAAGCAGUUCAAUCUUAAUGAUGGAUUUCAGGAUGACAUCUUCGGUCCAGAUGCAUUCGCACGGACGGGAACCAAUGGCAUGGACAUAGCCAUGGAUGGAAUGCCUAUGGACCGACUUGAUGCUAGUUCAUUUCAGUUCAGCGAAUUCACUCCCGACAACCAAGUUGACCUUAGUUUGACGUUUUCGCCUGUGAACGCUGACCAGAAUAACCAAUCAGACCAGAACAUCAACCAGAAUGAGGCCGGGCAGGAUUUGUCUGGCGUUGUUCCUGUAGAGUCGUUCGGUAACGAACCCCUAGACUCUGGUCUCGACUAUGCGCAAGAUAUUCAUCUUUGGGAUCCUAACUUCCAAGUACCGUCUCAGCUUUUAGACGCCACACCUGGAUUCUCUGCGCUUCCUGGUGGCAACUUCUUUAUGCCAGAUAUGUCGCAGUAUCCAGUCGUUAGCCAGCACCCACAAAUGUACCCCGACCCUUAUGGCUCAAUAUACCCGGUUCAGCCGUAUUUCCAAUCGACGCAACAGUCGUAUCCGCAACAGUAUACUGGAUACGUUGCGAUGCCAACCGAGCUUCAGACUAGAAUACAACCGCUCGAUAACAUCUACUCAAGCUCUCGCCGAUCGAGUCGCACCUCCCAGUCUGUCGCCACUCGGCAGCUACCCUAUCGAAAACAUGAUCGAUCUGACUCCGGGUCUUGUAACGAUGUGCCCGUUGUCAAGCGACCUCGCGGGCAGCCCGCCAAACGCACUCGGUCAUCACAAGAUUCUCGCCACCACUCCGAUGUUUCUAAUACCAGCUCCGUCAGCAAACCAGUAAAGGUAGCUGUAGUCCAGGCUGGUGAGAAGCCAAAGAAGUGCGACGACAAGCCCUGGGUUCGUGUCAACAACACGACCAGGGGCGAGACCACUCGCACUGCUCGUAUCAACCAACACGCCGAAGAAGGUCGCAAGUACAAAUUUAAGGAUCUUCCACAUGGCGACUGGGAAACGGCCAAGUACAAGUUUGAGUACAGUCAGAACAAUGGCAUGCAUGAGUUCAAGAAGCGCACCAUGUCUGCUCGCCAGAUACACGAGUAUAUCACGCAAUACCCCUUCGGUAAUCUCCGCAUCUGGAUCCAGCCUGUAGCUUCAGACGUCGCCCGUCGUUAUGCUUCUGCAUCUCACAGCCAUUGUCGCUUCGAAAAGUGCCCGAUGCGUGUGUACACCGGCAAAGGCACCGCCGAAGUUGGCAACUACCGCGUCGCGUUUGACGAAAAGCACCGAACAUACGGCACUGGCGUAGCCGACCCAUACGACUGUGUUGGCUACGCUCAUUUAUACUGUAUGGAGCGUUUCCUAGACUUUGCAUAUAUCUGCCAGGUUGCUGACGUCAAGGUUGAUCAGCGUGUAGCCAUGGAAAAGGAGCCAAGUGGCCGCUUCGGCGCCGCUUUUGGCCCAAAGCAUCAUUACGAAGCGGCAUUAACUAGCAAGUUCAUUGAAGCUGCUAGCAAAGGCCGAUUAGCUGAUACCCACGAGUUCUCUAACUACCCUGUCCAUGAGGACUACGAGCGCGGCGAGCCUAAGCCACACGAGCGUACGCUUAUUUACAAACUUUACGGAAUGAAUAUGAAGCAUCGUGCAAAGUCGCAGAUGAAGCAGUUCAUCCUCCAGCGAAAGAUUCGCCCCGGUUCGUUUCCGGUCCACCGCGGUGAUAUGGAGGUUAAGCUUGUCGACAAGAAGAUUGAGAAGAUGGAUGCUUUUGCGGACUUCAAGAGGAGUGGGUCUAAGAAGGACUUUGACUACUCUGCCUACUAUGAUUUUUUUCACCCUGAGAUUAAGCAGCGCAUCAAAGAAUGUGAAGCUCUACGGGAUCAGUUCAUCGCCGAAGAUGCAGAGGGAACUGCUAACAAGCGCACUAAGGCACGUCGAACAGUUGCUUCUGCGGACUCUGGCGAUGAGACUCAGGCUAUUAGACGGAAGCGCUCCAAAAAGCGCCAAUUUUCUGAUAGCGGCUCAUCCAGCGACGAGCACUCGGCUUCCAGAAGCUCAUCUACGAGGCGUCGAGCCACUGCCGACGAAUCCGAAGACUCAGACGUGCUUGAAGAGACCGGCACCGGUAUCGAGCAUCGGCAACCCCGUCGCCUGAGUCUUCGUAAGAAGCAGCGUAUCGACUACUGUGAACCAGAAGACAUCAUCCCACAGUCCAUUCUCUACCACCAACCGAACGAUCCUAUGCCCGGCUACGCACCCGCUCAGCCUUUCGAUUCCCGGAAACAUAGCCUUAGCAACCUCUUCCCCGCCAAUUACGACCCAACCUGGAAUAACCUAGACCUCGAAGCCUUCCCUAUCGGCGAUGACGAGGCUUUCAUAGAUGAAUCUGAUAUCGAUGCCCUCAUCAACGCCAAGUAUCGCCGCCAGUCCUCUACUUUGUGUAAAGGCCCCUAUGUUUCGGCGAUCAAAUCGCCUACUCUUCAGCGUGCGCCGAGGACAGCAAGCUUUGAUGUGCAGCCCGUGACUUCCAGCAAGCAGUUCCAGUGCGAUGACCCACCCAGCCGCGUUGCCGCUUCACGCGACGUUGCGGGUACAAUGAACGAUCAGCACCAGCAGACUCGUCGUAGUGAGCGUCUAGCUAGCAAAGCGACGCCGCCUUCUUCGCUCGCCGGAUAG